UCUUGCUUUCUUUCAAUCUCCCCGAAGCCAGACUCUAUGAGUAAAGUCACUUUCUAGUUCAUUUUCAUCCUUUCUUUUUUCAAUCUUUUCAAUUAAUCACAUUUUCAACUCUUUUUAUAUACAUUAAAGUAGCAUUAAUUUCAAAUUAUAAUGAAUUACAUCUAACAACAACCAUCCACUGGCCUGUUUUGGAUUGUACAAUAUCUUAUAACAUUGGAAACAUAAGUGCAACAUCACACCAAGUUGGUACACACUAAUAUUGGAUUGCCUGUUAUAUUGUGAAAAGUGAAAAAUAUAUCUUUUUCCACAUCUUAUAAUCAAACCUCCUUAUGGUUAAUUUUUGUGGAGCAAGCCAUCUUGUGAUAUCUUGAUUUUCAUUUAUGUCAACCACUUCGCUUGAUUUAACAUCCAAUUUAACCAAUGAAGAAAAAACUGGAUACGAUGAGAUAAUUGAAAAAUUGUUUCCCAAAUGUCGCCCUCGGUCUGAUGGCAGUAAUGCAAGUAGCAAUGGUGGUAAAAGAACAUCAACCCAUGAGAAGGAUGACUUAAGAGGGAAUGGUAAUCAUUAUUCUUACCAAUCUUCUAACCACCAUCAUUCACAAAAUCUUCAGCCUCACCAUCAGCAUCAUCAGCUGCAUCCAUCGAGACGUAGACGAUCAACUGGUGGAAAUGACGAAGAUACAGGACAAGAUUUACUAACUGUCGACGACCCUGAACCAUUGGUUCAUAUCGAAUGUGAUUCAUACUCAGACCGUUGCCCGCCACCUCCACAUCGUGUCUCUUCUGCAACCUCUUUACCUAUUCUUUACAAUUCUAGUCAACAACCGCAAUCAUCUCUAACAUUUAAUAAGUCAACCAUCGGAUAUUGUACCGGUCAGCUAACAGCUAUACCAGGUACAUGCAAAAGACAGCAAACUUCUGAGGAACCUCAAAAUCUUUCGAUUAGCAAUAAAAUAGCAUCUAACAAUAAUUGUAACAGUCUUAAUAGCAAUGCUUCUUCUAGUGAUCAAGAUAGUCCCGAAGAAGAUCAAAUUAUUAUUGGUAAUGUGCCCAUAGCCAAAUAUACUGGAUCACCUCGUCGUUAUGGACCCAAACUUCCUUUGGUAACAGAGCAAGCAGAUGAAAAGGAAACAGACGACAUUAGUUCACCUAGUAAAAAGCUUUUACAUCCAUCUCCAUUAUUAUCUGCAAGACUGAUUGGACCUAAUAAAAAUGAUUGCUUUUCUACGGGUAACUCAAAUCUUUAUAAUAACUUGGCUCGUGCUAAUGAAUCUUAUGAGAAUGAUUCAUUUCCACCCCAUCAUUUUUCACUAUCCCCCGAGAUUACCGAUGGAGACAGCAAUGAUAUUGAAAGUGAAUUUUCAAUUGGUGAAGGAAGUUUACAUUCCCUUUCUCGAAGUAACAUGAUGCCUAUUCUCGAAGAUGGUCUCUCCAGUGGUAUACCUUCCAGUGAUAACGAAUUAGAUGAUGACUUUGAUGAAACUUCUCUACCCAAUGAAACAAUACCAACAACGUCAACCAUAACAGCAGCAGUAACAUCUUCUUUGGCACCAACAACAACAGCCACAAAUUUACCUGUUUCAACAACAACACAAUCUGCCAAUCAUUCAAAUCAGGUCGUUAAACGAGAGAAGGAGUCUUUAUUGGGUAUUAAAGAGACUUUAAUCGAUUGCAUUCAAGAACGAGUUGCUUAUGAAGAGAUACACAAUUGUCAAAGUUCAAACAAUUUACCUUUAGAGAAACAAAUUCAACAUGGAUACCCAACAUAUCAUCCAACAACUGAUAAUUCUCAUCCUGAACGUUUAAAAGAGCCAAUAGACAUGUAUGAUAAAUCUAUGGAAGUCCGACAACCUAUGGAACAACACAGGCAAAACUUUCGGCGAACUCGAUCUCUACAAUUAGACCAAAGCAAUGGACAAAACUUUGGCUCCACAGUGAAUAGUUCAGUCUCUGAAUCCAAUUUUGAAGCUAGAUAUGAACAAGACCAUGGCUCAUCUCGAAAGAUAUCCAAUUUAAAUCAGCCUAAAUCAUCGUUUGAAUCAAAAGAAAACUCCAAAAUGAAUGAACAUUCAACCCAUUCUCAUCUUGAUGAAGAAUCUGAUACUGAUCAAGAAACUGAUCGCCUUUUAGGAGCACAAAGAAUCGAAGAGAAAAAUAACUUUGAUGAAAAGAAUAAUGGUUACAUAAGGAAAAAGAAUAGUCCUCGAGAAACCCUUAUUGAAGGAGUUUUGUUCCGAGCUCGUUACCUUGGGUCAACCCAAUUAAUAUGCAAUGGACAGCCUACCAAAGCAACUCGAAUGAUGCAAGCUGAAGAAGCAGUUUCACGAAUUAAGUCAUUGGCUCCGGAUGGCGAAUCUCAACCUAGCACUGAGGUGGAUCUAUUCAUUUCUACCGAAAAAAUAAUGGUUCUAAAUACAGACUUAAAGGAAAUAAUGAUGGACCAUGCAUUGCGGACAAUAUCUUAUAUCGCUGACAUUGGUGAUCUUUUAGUCUUAAUGACGCGACGACGGGUCGUCAAUCCUUCAGAAGAUUCUAAUGACCAUAAAAUGAAACGUAUUCCAAGAAUGAUAUGCCAUGUCUUCGAGUCAGAAGAAGCCCAAUUUAUUGCUCAAUCAAUUGGACAAGCGUUUCAAGUUGCCUAUAUGGAAUUUCUGAAGGCCAAUGGAAUUGAAGAUAGCAGUUUUGUAAAAGAAAUGGAUUACCAGGAAGUUUUAAAUUCACAAGAAAUUUUUGGAAAUGAGUUAGAAAUGUUUGCAAAAAAAGAUAGGCAAAAAGAAAUUAUAAUUCCAAAGCAAAAAGGCGAAAUUCUAGGUAUAGUUAUUGUAGAAUCUGGUUGGGGAUCGAUGCUACCUACUGUUGUUAUCGCCAAUAUGACUCCUCAAGGUCCUGCUGCGCGAUGUGGACAAAUUAAUAUAGGGGAUCAAAUAAUCGCAAUCAAUGGAAUCAGUCUUGUUGGACUGCCUUUGUCAACUUGUCAAAGUUACAUUAAAAAUACCAAAAAUCAGACAGCAGUGAAAAUGACUCUGGUGCCUUGUGCACCGGUUGUAGAGGUUAAAAUAAAAAGACCUGACACAAAAUAUCAAUUAGGUUUUAGUGUUCAAAAUGGAGUGAUUUGCAGUCUUUUACGUGGAGGUAUUGCGGAAAGAGGAGGUGUUCGUGUAGGUCAUCGUAUAAUUGAAAUUAACGGACAAAGUGUCGUUGCUGUACCACAUGAACGUAUCGUAAAUUUAUUGGCAACUUCCGUUGGAGAGAUUGCGAUGAAAACAAUGCCUACUUCAAUGUACCGUCUUUUAACUGGCCAGGAAUCACCAGCUUACAUAUAAACAAUUUUUUCAACUAACUAUGUAUCUUAAUGUUUACCCAAAAAUUAUAUUCUCGUAUAAUUGAGGAUCUUGUGCCUUUGAUCUCUGGCUGAUGAUGGAAGGUGUUAAACAAAUUUAUAAAUAAUUUACCAUCAACACAUUUCCUCUCUAUUGAACUAUUCAACUCUUCUUUUACCUGCAAUCACUUUGCCAUUAUUUUCUGGCUAAAUUGGUCUGCUAUACAGUCAAGAUCCUCAGAUUUUCAACUAUAUUUUCAUAGUUAAUUGGGAUUAACUUUCACAUAAAUUAUUUCCAAAAAGCAAACAUUUCACGUUUAUUUUGGCCUCACCUUUAAAUAGACCCGACUUUAAUAUUAAUAAUUGUUUUAAUAAAAAUAUCGUCCAAAAAACUCGUGAAAUCUUAAAGGCGAUUCACCUCUGGAUUACUAAAUCAUUGGUCUUGACUACCUUUCAUACUGAUCAUCAUUAUCGUUAUCAAAAACCAUCUUCACAUCCAUAUAAAACACCAUCAUCAUCAUCAUAAUCAUCAUCAACGUCAAUGAAAUUUAUGUAUGUAGAGACGACCAUUUUGAAUUUGAGUUGUCAAGAACGAUACUUUUUAGUCAUUUUCAUUCCCAAUUUUUAUUUUAGACAUUAAUCAAACUUAAAUGUAUCAAAUUAAUCUGGAUUAGGUAAUCAUAAUUAGUCCUAUUGAUUGAAACAAUUUGUUUACAAGCGAAAGUAACUUUUAAGUUAAACAAAAUCAACAUGAUAUCAGAAAGAUAACCUUAAAGGUUCAGUUUGCUUUGUUUUGUCUUUGUAAAUUGUCAAUAUAUCUCUCAUCUUGUAAGUGACCUGCUGAUUGUGAUUAAAGAUGAUCUCAUUUUUUACUAAACAA